GAGUCUUGUCACAACUCACAAUUUCUGUUUAUAAAAAGCACACACGAACUGACUAUCAAUGGCGUCUACGACAGUCACGAAUUUGACACCUUUUCUCCUUGUUGGUCUCGCCUUCGUCUUGUUUUAUAGACACCCGUCUUCUUCCAUCACCCUAAACAUGACUCAAGAAACCCCCAAAUCCGUUCACGACUUUACUGUUAAGGAUAUUCGUGGAAAUGAGGUGCCUUUGAGCUCUUACAGUGGAAAGGUUCUCUUGAUUGUCAACGUUGCAUCAAAAUGUGGAUUGACCGAGUCAAACUACAAAGAAUUGAAUAUAUUGUACCAAAAAUACAAAAAUCAAGAUUUUGAAAUCUUGGCUUUUCCUUGCAACCAAUUUCUUUGGCAAGAACCAGGGACAAAUGAGGAAAUUCAGGAUACAGUGUGCACUAAAUUUAAAGCCGAGUUCCCGAUAUUUGACAAGGUUGAGGUUAAUGGGAACAAUGCAUCACCCCUAUACAAGUUUCUAAAAUCAGAAAAAGAUAUGCCCCUAAAACCCCACCUCUUGAAUUCGAGAAAGACAUUCAAAAUCUGUUGGAAUCAUCAUCUUUUUGAGAGACACAACAAGAAGAAAGAGAAUGAGCAAUGGGGGAUAAGAUAUAGAGAGAGAGAGAGUUGAAGGUUGUUGUGGGUUAUGUGUUUGGUUUAUAGUUAGUGAAAUAAGCAACACUCUUUCUUACACUUGUAAUUGGAUGAUGUUAUAAUUAAUAAUUCAAAUUAUAUAUUCUUUUUUUU